AAUCCAUGUUGUUAUUUCCAGAGCGCAUUGUAUUGGACAGAAGCAUAUCCGGAAAGCUCUGGAGAAGAAAAGAUCUGUUCUAGGACUGAAAACUGAACCACAGAAUGCUCCUCAGAGGAAGAAGCAGAAACCUCCCAAAGAACGGGUUGAUGUCUGUAUAUCCCUAGAGACUCGUCUCCGAGAGAUUGACGAUCCAGUUCUUGGACUGAGCAAUAUAACUGAGAUAAGAAAUCCGAGAGACAGAACUGCACACCCCUGGUAUACCUGCUCCCAGGAAGGAUGUAAAUCUGCCUGGGGGAAUAGUGAUGAUAUGUUCAACCAUGUCAAAAAGCAUAAACAUCAGAAAAACUUCCUGAAGCUGAAAUAUAAUGAUCGAAGAAUUGAUUCUUUAACCAAAAACGAAAUUCUGAUCCAGGCUCUUGAAUAUGCCGAAAAGAAAAACAUUUUGUUUGGAGAUGAUAGAGAUUAUCAGGCGAUUAAAGUGAUAGUAGACUACGAUGAAUAUCUGAAGCUAAAAAACCGUCCAGCUACUUGGUCAGAAAACAAGGAAAAGCUUGGUCUGGUGGGAAAUACUAAUUAUGAACCAAUUAUUCCAAGGAAACGGCGGAAUCAUGAUGCUGAAGAAAGCAGUGCUAAGCGUGUUUGUGUCGAUCAGUUUGCUGAAGGUUGGAGUAACUGGAGAGCAAAUACAGACCAGGAGAUUUUGUUAGAUAGACAGAGGGACAUUGAGCUCUUAUUCAAUAUGUGCAGGGAGAUGGUGGAUAACCAUCUAGCAAACCCAGCGGAGGAUUCAUUCAACCUCUGUAAACAGGAGAUCAGUCAGUUGAGAGGGAGUAUUGAGCUGGAUUUACAGAUUUUUGAGGAUAAAAAAGAUUUCUUUUCAACUAAGCUUGCUAAGCUGAACAAUAUCGAGGAGAACCUGCAGCUUAAAUCAGAUGAAGAGGAGAGAGCUGGUAAAGAUAUCAAUAAAGGAUUACUCGAUUUAGAGCAGGAGAUGCACCUUUACGCUAGUGACAGAGAGAGCAAAGCAUACAAGAACUAUAAGGAAAGGUUGGCAACAUUAACAGGACAGAUACAGAAGUUCAAACCAGAGCAACCUGCCAUGCUGAAGCGCAGAGAGGAGUUUAACAACAGAUUGGCGGAAAUAUGGAAAAAUUUCGAGGAAAGAUCCGAGAGCGUCGUUGAAAUUCAAAACAAAAUAAAGAACACCGGUGGUGCGACUCUAGGUGGAAACAUCAAUGGUUCUGUUUCUGCCUCCAACACAGCUGGUUCAAGUAAUGUAUCUGCCUCGAAACUCCGCCAGGAAGAAAGGUCUCGGUUCACAGCGGAGUUUAAGGUUGAGGUGAUGAGCUUGGUCGAGGUUGAGGUGGUUAACUUGGUAUCCAACAGGGUAGACAAUAACAAGCAGGAGAUCAUCAACAAAAUUGUGGAUAAGAUUUUGCCGGGUGAGGAGGCAGCCUUCUCAAAGAAGAAUUUAGAUUGGAGUAUGUUCAAAAUGACAGAGAAGAUUAAAACACGAAUCAUCAAGUUUGUUAAAUCUUACGUCAAAAAGUAUCCUUCAUCUUGAAUCUUAAUCCUGAAAAAAAUAGAGUUUGGUUGUAAAAACUCCAAAAGAAGUUUUUUUUUUGUUAAAAAUUGUUAAAUCUUUAGUGCUGUGUAUGUUAUAUCAAGACUUGUGUCCCUAAAAAGACAACGUUUUGAGUUUAUAAUGUUUGAAAGGCAUUUAUGCCACGCAUUUUUAAAGUUUGUCUGCUUAACUCAAUCAAAAUUUAACAUGUUACCAUUGUUUUUUAACCGAAUUAACUAAUUGCAUUCUUUUUAAUGAAAAAGUUCAUGCAAAAAAUGAAAUAAUAUGUUCACUGUACAGUAUCAACACAAUUUUUUGUAUUGGCUAUACCACAGAACGAAUAAUUAAAACAAAAAUUGCCUUUAUGAUAAUUUAUUUUUGUAAAAAAAAUUGUUAAAUCCUUAGUGCUGUGUAUGUUAUUUCAAGACUUGUGUCCCUGAAAAGACAAUGUUUUGAGUUUAUAAUGUUUGAAAGGCAUUUAUGCCACGCAUUUUUAAAGUUUGUCUGCUUAACUCAAUCAAAAUUUAACAUGUUACCAUUGUUUUUUUAACCGAAUUAACCAAUUGCAUGCUUUUUAAUGAAAAAGAUCAUGCAAAGAAUGAAAAUAAUAUGUUCACUGUACAGUAUCAACACAAUUUUAUGUAUUGGCUAUACCACAGAACGAAUAGGUAAAACAAAAAUUGCCUUUAAAUAAUCUUUAUAUUUUCAGA